AUGGAACCAGCGGCAAGAAAGACUUCGGACUCUAUGUGGUUCAAUCUGACAGAGCUUUCGUUUAAUAUGGCUGGCAGAAGUACGAACAGCAAACACGGAAAAGAACAUCCUCUGGAAGACAAAUUCCAAAUCAAUACCAUUUCCUGCUUGUGGAAGUAUCAUGAGGCUGACAAGAUGCCAAAUCAUGAGAAACAGUAUCCACUUCAUUGGAUGUGGGCCCGGAAAAAAAUCGUAGAUGGGGCACGUAAAAACCUUGUGCGCACAAUAAAAAGAGACAAGAAGACGGAGGAUGCCCGACGUGAGCCCCUCUCUCUGGGUAAAAAACAGGACCUGGUUCACCGAGAAAUUCGUCAAAAUUGA